AUGGGAGAAGUGAAAGUGAUUGGAUCUUCUAAAAGCCUGUUCUGCACAAGGGUUGAAUGGGCUUUGAAGCUUAAAGGAGUGGCUUAUGAGUACUUAGAAGAAGAUUUAUUGAACAAGAGUCCCCUACUGCUUAAAUACAACCCUGUUCACAAGAAGGUCCCUGUGCUUGUCCAUGAUGACAAACCAAUUGCUGAGUCACUUGCCAUCCUUGAAUACAUAGAUGAGACCUGGAAAAAUAAUCCCCUGCUGCCUCAAGAUCCCUAUGAGAGAGCCAUGGCUCGUUUCUGGGCUAAAUUUGCCGAUGAGAAGUGUCUGAUGCGUGCAUUUGAGGCUUUCUGGAAAGAGGGGCGCGAAAAGGAGAAGGCCAUAGAGUCUGCACUGGAAUCGUUUGCAUUUCUUGAGAAGCAGAUUCAAGGGAGGAGAUUUUUCAGUGGUGACGAUAAGAUAGGGUAUUUGGAUCUAGCAAUGGGUUGGAUCCCUCACUGGCUGAAUGUUAUGGAAGAAGUUGGAGGUAUGAAACUUAUUGAUGCUGAGAAAUUCCCUAUUCUUCAUGAAUGGACUCAAAACUUCUUUGAAAUUCCACUCAUCAAAGAGUGCCUUCCACCUAGAGAUGCGCUUGUCAACUACUUCCACUUCAGCAUGAGCUAUAUGCGUUCCAUGGGGGCCAACAAACAGUAA